CAUAUUUCGUCUUUAGUGUGUGGCUGUUUAUUCCAACAGAGUAAUUGUGGUGCAUGUGACUGGAUUGUGAGUACAUCAUUUGUAUAUACUGUUUAGAUCAUUUGCCGACAGUUUUUUUUAUUUAUAGGCAAGUUUCUACAUGUUAUUGUAUAUCAUCUGUAAGCCCCAACACCUUCGUAAAUAAACUAUGUCUGUGUUUAGUUUAUAUGAUAAUGUUUGGACGGAGGCCAUGGAUGCAAAGCUCAUGGAAUUGGUCAUUACCGAAAGUGAUUCGAAGGGGAACCCAAAAGGCAUUCCAAAGACUUGGGAUUUCGUUGUCUCUGUGAAAGGAAAAAUAAAUGCACAAUUCAACAUGACUAAAGAUGUUCACUUUUAUAUUUUGAAACUUGAAUACCUAGAAGAAAGGUAUCAUUUGUGGGUAUCUCUUUUGCGUGAACAGGGAGUCUUUUGGGACAAGUUUACCAACAUAUUGCGAGCUACCGACGAGACCUGGCGAAGUAUUCAGGAGGUACGCUCAGCAGCGAUGGUUUAUAGGAACCGAGGAGAGCCGCAUUACGCUGCACUUGCAAAAUUGUUCCAUGAUAAAGUGUUUGAGUAUCUCGAUUAUGAAGACGAGUCUCCUUGCUCCGAUGAUUCAGACUAAUGAAUUAAUGUUUGUUAAUUGUUAGUAAUUUGCACCUUUGUUUGAAAUUGACUUUGGCUUUCUG